AUGUGCACGCCCCCUCCAAGACCCCCCACUGCCCACCAACGGCUUCAGUUCCUGGGAGCCCUGAUGGGCCCUCUACUGAUCUUGUGCCACAUAGAACAACUACCUGUGGGGAAGAGAUGGCAAAGGGGAUCAGCUUCUGCUGGGGCAGCACUGGGGCAGCAGAGCUCACAGCCCCGAAUUCUCAGCUGGGGAGGGUACCUGAGUAGGUCCCCUCUGACUGAGGAUGGACUUUCUUGCACCGUGGGCUGCCCUGUACCAGUCCCAGGAUGGAUGCAGAAGGGUGAGGCACUGAUCCUGCUCGUUGGGCAGGAUGCUGGCAGGAGGGCGGGGAUGAGCAAGGGCGGGGCUUCCAGAACAAAGGAGAAUGGGGAGCCCUGGGGGCCCAGGCUAGGCAUCAAAAAGGCUCUGCAGAGUGAGCAGGCUAUCGCAGCUGCCUGCCUCUGUGUCCAGCAGUCAGUCAGCAGCCAGCUUGCGCCAGUCCCUUCUGCCUGCCCCAGACGGGCACCAAACAACACUCUGCUUAGAGAGGCCUUGUUCUCCAGCGUGAUUGCGCCGACACUGCUCUGUGGUUUUCUCUACUUGGUGUGGGUUGCUGCUGCAGUUCCAGAGGAGGGCAGAGGGAUGGCUGAGAGUGGAGCCAGGAGCCGGGAGGACCGUCAGGAGCAUGCCUUCAUCCCGGAGCCCUUUGAUGGAGCCAACGUAGCCCCACACCUCUGGCUGCACCGCUUCGAGGCCAUCAAUGACCUCAACCAUUGGGACCAUGUCACCAAACUAAGGUUCCUGAAAGAGUCCCUCAGGGGAGAUGCCCUGGAGGUCUACAGUGGACUCAGCCCCAAGGACCAGGAAGACUAUGGGGCUGUGAAAGAGACCCUCCUGAAGGCCUUCGGGGGGCCUGAGGCCACCCACAGCCACCUGCCUAAGGAGAUCGUCUUUGCCAACAGCAUGGGUAAGGGCUACUACCUCAAGGGGAAAAUUGGCAAAGUGCCCGUGAGGUUCCUGGUGGACUCGGGGGCCCAGGUCUCUGUGGUCCACCCCAACUUGUGGGAGGAGGUCACAGAUGGUGACUUGGACACUCUGCGGCCCUUUGAGAAUGUGGUAAAAGUGGCCAAUGGGGCUGAAAUGAAGAUCCUGGGCAUUUGGGAUACAGUGGUGUCCCUGGGCAAGCUGAAGCUGAAGGCAGAGUUCCUAGUGGCCAAUGCAAGUGCUGAAGAAGCCAUCAUUGGUACCGAUGUGCUCCAGGACCACAAUGCCGUCCUGGACUUCGAGCAUCGCACGUGCACCCUGAAGGGGAAGAAGUUCCGGCUCCUGCCUGUUGGAGGGUCCCUGGAAGAUGAGUUCGACCUGGAGCUCAUAGAGGAGGAGCCCUUCUCAGGGGAGGGGGGACAGCAGCUCUCCUACUGA